AUGUUACCCACACCUAUCAAAGAUACCAACUCCUCUUUCAUAUUCCCAGACCAGACAUGUCAACGUUUUACUCUUUCUCAGAUUCAAUCGGCGACCCAAAACUUCGACGAGGCUUUAGUCAUUGGCCGGGGAGGAUUCGGCAAGGUGUAUAAAUGUUCCAAAAUCGGGUCAAUGACCGAUGUUGCAGUCAAACGAUUGCACUCCAUGUCCGAUCAAGGAGCCAAUGAAUUUGAGUCGGAAGUCAAGGUCCUCUCUAAGCUGCGACAUGGUAAUCUCGUAUCCUUAAUUGGUUAUUGCUAUGAAGAAAAAGAAAUGGUUCUCGUUUAUGAGUUCAUGCCGAAUGGAACACUUGAAGAUCAUCUUCGCUCACCGGAUUCCUCUUUAUCAUGGUUACAACUACUGAAGAUAUGUGUAGGGGCAGCUCGAGGAUUAGACUACCUUCACAUGGGUACAUCAACUCAACAUGGAGUCAUACAUCGUGAUGUGAAAACCUCCAAUAUUUUGUUGGAUGCAGACUUCGCAGCUAAAAUUUCAGAUUUCGGAUUGGCUAAAGUUGGGGUAAUUGAUCAGACACGAACUCAUAUGAGCACAGCUGUGAAAGGGACAUUUGGGUAUAUGGAUCCGUGCUAUUUCUAUACAGGAAAAUUGACAAUGAAAUCUGAUGUUUACGCUUUUGGUGUUGUACUAUUUGAAGUGUUGUCAGGAAGAAAAGCUGUAGAUUCAACCCUUGAUGAAGAGCAAUGGGGUUUAGCAGCUUGGGCUCAACAGCAAAUCAAAGAAGGAAAACUCAAUCAAAUUAUUGACCAAAGACUAAUCGGACAAAUCUCCAGAAAAUGCUUGAAGGAGUUUGCAAGCAUAGCAGGCAAAGUUGAUUCUGCAAUAGAAAACAAAUCUGAUUUCAGUUCGCACGAUAAACCAAUAGUAAUCACUGUUGAUACUGCAAAUGAAGUCAUUACAAAUCAAAGUUUCAGAACUUUCACGUAUGAUGAAUUGGUGAUUGCAACAAAUGGUUUCAAGGAUGAGGAACAAUCCACAGCUUUCAAUGAAUAUAUUUACAAAGGUUGGGUUGAUGAAAGGACAUAUGAGCCAACAAAACAUGGUGUUGGUUUACCAAUGCAUGUUAGAAAGAAGGAGAUUUCAACACAAAAGAAGGACAUCAAAUUUGAAGAUUUCAAUCAUCCCAACCUUGUAAAACUCUUGGGAUAUUGCUUGAAUAAUCACCAACUAUUUUGUGUUUACGAGGACAUUUCAGCCAUAAGUUUGGAUAAAUAUCUUUACGGAGAGUCACGUAGAACUUCACUUUCUUGGGUUGCACGAUUAAAAAUAGCAAUAGGAGCAGCUGAAGGCUUGGUUUAUUUACAUAAGAGGAAACAGCCAGCAUAUAGCCAAUUUAAGACCAAUCAUAUAUUGGUGGAUACGGAUUUUAAUGCUCGGCUUUCGGAUUUUGCUUUUGAUCCUUACUCAUUCCAAUUGGAUGCAUAUUAUUACGCAGCCCCUGAGUGGUUUCGUUACCAAGCAGACACAUUUGAUGGUCUUGACCCACUGCGGCUGCCUGAAGAUGGUUUUGCAAUCAAGAGUGAAAUCUAUGCUUUUGGAGUGGUACUGUUGGAAAUACUAACAGGGAUGAAGGUAUAUGAUAAGAGGAGACCCCUCGGAAAGCAAAAACUGGUGGAAUGGGCUCUUCCAUUGCUAGCAGAUGAGGUUAAUUUGAGUGUAAUUAUGGACCCACGACUUCAACACAAUGAUUCUUCCCCAAAAAGAGCAUUCAAGUUGGCUCAACUUGUUUCAAAAUGCCUUCAACUAAAACAAGACAAGCGCCCAUCAAUGGAAUAUAUCUUGCAGGUCUUGCAUCAUUGCUAUCAAAAGGAAAUCAAAACCGUUUGACUCUUAAAAGUCAACCAUAAUCGUUCUGAUGUUAAUAGACAUGUGAAUGUACAGUAUACAAUCUUCGAAAUCAGCUGAAGAAACAAGUAGGAAAGAUAGUACUGAAUGCUCCAUUUGUAGAGUGUCUAAAUAAAGUUGAUAUAUAUUUCUUUGAGAUUUUUGGGACACAUAAUCGGUACACAUAUUGAAAUUCAAUAAGAAUCAAGUAGUUGGCAAGUAUGUGGGACUAUAUUGAG